AUGCCUGAUAAUACAGUCCGUUCGUUUGAUCUUGAACUCAUGGACUGCGUCGUAUGCUGCAAGCCUCUAAGCCCUCCCAUUAUUCAGUGUCAGAAUGGACAUGCAACAUGCAACUCCUGCUCUGUCAAGAUGGGUAAAUAUCAUGCUUGCACUUUGCCUGUCGGACCAAUGCGAUGUCUGAUAAUGGAAGCAGUCGUGGAGUCUUUAACAGUUUAUUGCCAGAACAAAAUAUAUGGAUGCCAAGAAAGCUUCAGAUCCGACGAAAAGUACUGCUCUUUUAUAGAGUGUUCAUGCCCGCUUCCAGAGUGUAAUGUGAAGGGCUCGUCCGAAAUGAUUUAUGAUCACUGCAAAGAGUUGCAUACAAAUAUUCUCACACCAUUUUACUUUGGACGUAAAUUUCCAGUUUCUGUGGACAUGAAUGAUAGGGGUUUGCUAGUUCUCACAUUUGACUGA